GACGUCACGGCACCGCCUUCCGGUGACUGAGUGGAGCUGAGGGUGUUGUGGGCUGGGGGGCGCCAUGGGGGAGACUGGCGACGCCGAACAGCCGCGAGGCCCAGGCGGGGCGGAACGGGGCGGCCUGGAGCUGGGCGACGUGGGCGCGGCGGGGCCGCCGGUUCUCACGAACCCUUGGAACAUAAUGAUAAAGCACCGGCAGGUGCAGAGAAGGGGCCGUCGCUCUCAGAUGACCACAAGUUUCACAGAUCCUGCCAUCUCUAUGGAUCUCCUCCGUGCUGUCUUGCAGCCUAGUAUCAAUGAGGAGAUCCAGACUGUCUUCAACAAGUACAUGAAGUUCUUCCAGAAGGCAGCAUUAAAUGUACGAGACAAUGUGGGGGAAGAGGUGGACGCAGAACAGCUGAUCCAAGAGGCCUGUCGGAGCUGCCUGGAGCAGGCAAAACUACUGUUUUCAGAUGGAGAGAAAGUAAUACCCAGAUUGACACAUGAACUUCCAGGGAUAAAGCGUGGCCGACAAGCAGAAGAGGAAUCCCACCGAGGAAGCCCCACUCCCAAAAAGAGGAAAGGUCGGCCUCCUGGACACCUCCUGUCAAAUGACCGGGCAGCCACUGGCAUGGUAUGGAAACCAAAAUCCUGUGAGCCAAUUCGCCGAGAAGGCCCCAAGUGGGACCCAGCUCGGUUGAAUGAGUCUACCACCUUUGUAUUGGGAUCUCGAGCCAACAAGGCUCUAGGGAUGGGAGGUACCAGAGGGAGAAUCUACAUCAAGCACCCACACCUCUUUAAGUAUGCAGCUGACCCCCAGGACAAGCACUGGCUGGCUGAGCAGCAUCAUAUGCGGGCAACAGGGGGAAAGAUGGCCUACCUUCUCAUCGAGGAGGACAUCCGAGACCUGGCUGCCAGCGAUGACUACAGAGGGUGCCUGGACCUGAAGUUGGAGGAGCUGAAAUCCUUUGUCCUCCCCUCCUGGAUGGUAGAGAAGAUGAAAAAGUACAUGGAGACGCUGCGGACAGAGAAUGAGCAUCGCACUGCUGAAGCACCUCCACAGACCUGAGCAGAUCUCCUGGCGACACUCAGCAGCCUGCCUCCAAGACCCUCUUCCCCACCUGGCUGAGGCCACCAUGGGGACUGUGCCUAGAUGGAUCUUAGCAGGUUUAAGCUGUGCAUGAGCUAGUUUGUGGUGACUCGCUGCAGAACACCCGACUGGCAUGUGGUUCUCUAUUUGUAAAGUUAUUGGGAUAAGAAGCAAUUAAACAGUUUGUAAUAAACACAGAUGGUGA